AUGCAAGAAUGCCUUAAAGUAAGGUUACUGGCGCUGAAUCCGCACUUGUGGCUUUCUUGUAUGACUCUCUGCGACUUUGUGAGUGACAACCGCAGCUCGGAUUUAGCUUGCUUUGUGUGCAUCUCGCUGAGGGAAUACCGGGAGUACCCCAGUUUGCCACUUGCAGCCAUGGUGUUCGCGCAGGUCGCCGCUUGGUUGCUUACGUUUUCAAGCAUUUGCAGCCACGCCAUGAAGAUCCUGCAGGACCAGCAGGCAGCCAGUACAGAUGCCAUUGCAAAGUGCUACAGCGGUCCGGAGCAGAAGGUGUGGGAACUGGUCAUGGGCAAGCAGAUUGACAUCGGCGGCGCAUCUUCCACUUUGGAGCUGGCAAAGAGAGCUCAUGUGGGGCCAGGGAUGAAGGGAGUUGAGUUGAAUUGCAACAACGGCGGAGGCAUGCGUUGCCUGGUUCGCCUUGCAGGAGUGGACUCGAUGAUUGGCGUGGACCUCACGAAGUCUGUGGUGGAGACGGGCAGACAGAGGACAGAGGAGGAGGGGCUCGGUGACAAGAUCAAGUUCAUCAACAAGAACUCCUUGGAGAACGGCCUCCCUGACGCCUCCGCUGAUUUUGUAUACAGCAAGGAUGCUUGGUGCUACAUGCCUGACAAGCAGCUGAUCAUUGACCAGGCUGCUCGCAUCGUCAAGCCCGGCGGAAAAGUCAUGUUUACUGACUGGAUCGAGGGUGAAGGCCUGUCUGACGCAGAGGCCCAGAAAUACCUGAGCCUGAUGACAUUCCCUGCCAUCCCAACAGUGGAGGAGUAUGCUCAAAUGCUGAGGAAGGCAGGUUUUGAGGUUGAGAUUGCAGAGAACAGCGGUCGCUUCUCACCUGCCAUGGACAGCUACUUGCACAUGUUGAAGUUGCAGGCCGUCUAUGAUGCCAAGAAGUUGUUGAACUGGGAUGAAGAAGCUUACAACAAGUUGAUCUCUGACUUUGAGUUCAUGGCACAGCUUGCCAAGGAAGGCAAAAUCAUUCAGGGAAUGUUUGUGGGCCGCAAGAGAGCAGCAAGCGAUGUGCAUGAUGAGAUCUGA